GGCCCGCCCCUCGAGGAGGGGCGCGGGGGAGGAAAACGCGAACGCGGAUUGGGUCGCUGGGGCACCCGUAGUUGGGAGCGGCGGAACGCGGGCCCCGGGGACGGAGGGAGGCGUCCGCGCGCCGAGGCUCCGGUGGGCCUCGUGGUGAGCUGGGGCCCAGUUCUCCCCGCGCGGAGAACCCGAGCCUCGGCCGGGUUCCGGGGCGGCCCGCGGAGCGCCUGGUCCAGUCAUGGCAGACUACUGGAAGUCACAACCAAAGAAAUUCUGUGAUUACUGCAAGUGUUGGAUCGCAGACAAUAGGCCUUAAAACCAACUUUAGGAAACCAAGAUAUGAAAAAUAGAGGAUGAAUAUUUGCUUUACGAAGUCACACUUUAAAGAGGAAUUCACAGCAGUACUUUAGAGUAACUCAGCAAGUGCAUUAGAGCAUUGAAUUUCAUGAAAGAGGAAAGAAUCAUAAAGAAAAUGUGGCGAAGAGGAUCAGUGAGAUUAAACAGAAAAGCCUGGAUAAGGCGAAGGAGGAAGAAAAGGCAUCAAAGGAGUUUGCGGCAAUGGAGGCAGCUGCCCUGAAAGCAUACCAGGAGGAUUUGAAGAGGCUCGGCCUAGAGUCAGAGAUCUCAGAGCCAAGCGUGUCACCAGUUACCAGCACUGUCCCACCCACCUCUGCAUCAAAUCAGCAGAAAGAAAAGAAGAAAAAGAAAAAAGACCCUUCAAAGGGCAGAUGGGUAGAAGGCAUAACCUCUGAGGGUCACCAUUACUAUUAUGAUCUUAUCACAGGAGCAUCUCAGUGGGAGAAACCUGAAGGAUUUCAAGGGAACUUAAAAAAGGCAACAGGGAAGACUGUGUGGAUAGAAGGAUUAAGUGAAGAUGGCUAUACCUAUUAUUAUAAUACUGAAACAGGGGAAUCCAGAUGGGAAAAACCUGAUGAUUUCAUUCCACACUCCGGUGAUCUGCCUUCUAGUAAAGUCAAUGAAAAGUCACUUGGCACCCUAGAAGAGUCCAAAUCAUCAGAUUCACAUAGUGAGUCUGAUGGCGAACAGGAAGCAGGAAAGGAGAAAAAAAAAGAAGAGAUCCCAACAGAAACACAAAAGCUAAUAAUAAAGUUUAAGGAAAAAAAUAAAAAUAGUAAUAAAAGAACUGAACCAGAAACACAGAAAGAAAAAAAUACCCAAGGGAAGAAUUCAUCAGGUCCAAGUGAAGAAAAACCCAAAGAAAAAAAUACCCAAGGGAAGAAUUCAUCAGGUCCAAAUGAAGAAAAACCCAAAGCUCAUAAAAAACCAAACCCAUAUGGAGAAUGGCAGGAAAUUAAACCAGAAGUUGAGUCCCAUGAGGAGGUAGAUUUGGAACUUCCAAGCACUGAAAAUGAAUAUGUAUCAACUUCGGAGGCUGAUGCUGCUGGGGAACCCCAACUGGUUUUUAAAGAAAAAACAGUAACUUCUCUUGGAGUCGUGGCAGACGGAGUGGCCCCAGUCUUCAAAAAGAGAAGAAUUGAAAAUGGAAAGUCUAGAAAUUUAAGGCAACGAGGUGAUGAUCAAUAAUUAUAAGAAAGCUUUUAAUGUGUGCUUUUUGGACAUAAUGGAGACUGUACAUCUUUAAAAGCUCCUCUGUGUUUGUUUUACAUUAUUUAAGUGAUAAAAAUUUAGACUUACUCUGAAUGUAUUUUAUGUGAAUUUAAAAUAAAUCUUUUUUCAUGUGAAA